AGUGGACCAGACGGCUUUCUCCGCGCUCAGAAGGGUGUGGGAGGGUGUCCGGUAGCGUGAGGUGGGUGCAGCCAGCUACCGGCGACGAUCGCAGACAAUCGCGGCAGCGUUCCGAGCGGCGCCCGCUUCCCGCCCGGGCAGCUCCCGCCGGAGGGGAGAAGCGGCGACCGGACUGACCGUGCUAUUGUGUUCUGGGUCGAGAUACCUCGGGCGCGGCCCGAGGCUAGCGGCGGGGUCAGCCCGCCGAGGUGAGCGCCCCUCGCCACCGCUCGGAAGUCCCGGGCAUCCCCCUGCGCCCCGAGCGGCCGAUGCCCAGGUGAGGCACCUGAGGUGUCAGGACCUGCCCGGGGCGCGGGGUCGCUGGACGAUCGGCCGGGAGACCCGGCUGCCUGAGGCGAGCGAUUAUCAGCUCUGACCCACCCGGGGCUGCUGGUCCCAACACAACCCAGUGCCAAGGCUUGGCUCAUGCUUGACAGCGAAGAGAGAAAAAAACCUGAAGGACAAUGGAUGCAAAGGCCCGGAAUUGUUUGCUUCAACACAGAGAAGCUCUGGAGAAGGACAUCAAAACUUCCUACAUCAUGGAUCACAUGAUCAGUGACAAUGUUUUAACAGUAGCAGAGGAGGAAGCAGUGAGAAGUCAGACCACUCAAUAUCAGCGAGCAGCUCUUUUACUGAAGACGAUACUUAAUAAAGAUAACUGUGCCUACAUUUCAUUCUACAAUGCUCUGCUCCAUGAGGGGUAUAAAGACCUUGCUGCUCUUCUUCACAGUGGCCUUCCUCUCCUUUCUUCCUCCAGUGGCAAAGACACAGACGGUGGAGUGACUUCAUUUGUAAGGACUGUGCUGUGUGAAGGUGGAGUUCCACAGAGGCCAGUUAUUUUCGUUACUAGAAAGAAGCUGGUAAAUGCAAUUCAACAGAAACUUUGGAAAUUGAAUGGUGAAGCAGGGUGGGUCACCAUAUAUGGAAUGGCAGGCUGUGGGAAGUCUGUAUUAGCUGCGGAAGCUGUUCGAGAUCAUUCCCUCUUAGAAGGUUGUUUCCCAGGGGGUGUACAUUGGGUUUCAGUUGGAAAACAAGACAAAUCUGGGCUUCUGAUGAAACUGCAGAAUCUUUGCACACGGUUGGAUCAAGAGGAGAGUUUUUCUCAGAGGCUUCCACUUAAUAUUGAGGAGGCUAAAGACCGUCUCCGUGUUCUGAUGCUCCGCAAACACCCAAGGUCUCUGUUGAUCUUGGAUGAUGUUUGGGAUCCUUGGGUGUUGAAAGCUUUUGACAAUCAGUGUCGUAUUCUUCUCACAACCAGAGAUAAGAGUGUUACAGACUCAGUAAUGGGUCCUAAGUAUGUUGUCUCUGUGGAGAGUGGUCUGGGGAAAGAGAAAGGACUUGAAAUCUUAUCACUUUUUGUUAACAUGAAGAAAGAGGAUUUACCAGUGGAGGCUCACAGUAUUAUAAAAGAGUGCAAAGGUUCUCCUCUUGUAGUGUCUUUAAUUGGUGCACUUUUACGUGAUUUUCCAAAUCGCUGGGCGUACUACCUCAGACAACUUCAGAAUAAGCAGUUUAAGAGAAUAAGGAAAUCUUCCUCUUACGAUUAUGAGGCUCUGGAUGAAGCCAUGUCUAUAAGUGUUGAAAUGCUCAGAGAAGAUAUCAAGGAUUAUUAUACAGACCUUUCCAUCCUGCAGAAGGAUGUCAAGGUCCCUACAAAGGUGUUAUGUGUUCUCUGGGACUUGGAAACUGAAGAAGUUGAAGACAUACUUCAGGAGUUUGUUAACAAGUCUCUGUUAUUCUGUGAUCGGAAUGGAAAGUCAUUUUGUUAUUACUUACAUGACCUUCAAGUAGAUUUUCUUACAGAGAAGAAUCGAAGUCAGCUUCAGGAUCUACAUAGGAAGAUGGUCACUCAGUUUCAGAGGUAUUACCAGCCAAAUACUCUAUCUCCAGAUCAGGAGGAUGGCAUGUAUUGGUACAACUUCCUAGCUUAUCACAUGGCCAGUGCCAAUAUGCACAAAGAACUUUGUGCUUUAAUGUUUUCCCUGGAUUGGAUUAAAGCAAAAACAGAACUUGUUGGCCCUGCCCAUCUCAUUCAUGAAUUUGUGGAAUACAGACAUAUAUUGGAUGAAAAGGACUGUGCAGUCUGUGAGAAUUUUCAAGAGUUUUUAUCUUUAAAUGGACACCUUCUUGGACGGCAGCCAUUUCCCAAUAUUGUACAGCUGGGCCUCUGUGAACCAGAAACUUCGGAAGUUUAUCAACAAGCAAAGCUGAAGGCCAAGCAGGAGGUGGAUAGUGGGAGGCUUUACCUCGAGUGGAUAAACAAGAAAACUAUCAAGAAUCUUUCCCGCUUAGUUGUCCGCCCCCACACAGAUGCUGUUUACCACGCAUGCUUUUCUCAGGAUGGCCAGAGAAUAGCUUCUUGUGGAGCUGAUAAAACCUUACAGGUGUUCAAAGCUGAGACAGGAGAGAAGCUUCUUGAGGUCAAAGCUCACGAAGAUGAAGUGCUGUGCUGUGCAUUCUCUUCAGAUGACAGUUACAUAGCAACUUGCUCAGUGGAUAAAAAAGUUAAGAUUUGGGAUUCUGCGACUGGAAAGCUUAUACACACCUAUGAUGAGCACUCAGAGCAAGUCAAUUGCUGCCAUUUCACCAAUAAAAGUAAUCACCUUCUCCUGGCCACUGGUUCAAACGACUUCUUCCUCAAACUGUGGGAUUUGAAUCAAAAAGAAUGUCGAAACACUAUGUUUGGUCACACAAAUUCAGUCAACCACUGCAGAUUCUCACCAGAUGACGAGCUCCUGGCUAGUUGUUCAGCUGAUGGAACAUUAAAGCUUUGGGACGUGAGGUCAGCGAAUGAGAAGAAGAGCAUUAACGUGAAGCGCUUCUUCCUGAGUUCCGAAGACCCUCAAGAGGAUGUGGAGGUGAUGGUGAAAUGCUGUUCCUGGUCCGCAGAUGGCACUGCCAUAAUAGUGGCAGCAAAAAACAGAAUCCUCCUUUUUGAUAUUCAUACUAGUGACCUGUUGACAGAGAUCCAUACAAGCCAUCACAGCACCAUCCAAUACUGUGACUUCUCCCCCUAUGACCAUUUGGCAGUGGUUGCCCUGUCCCAGUACUGUGUGGAGUUGUGGAAUAUAGAUUCACACUUAAAGGUAGCUGAUUGCAGAGGACAUUUAAGCUGGGUUCAUGGUGUGAUGUUUUCUCCUGACGGUUCAUCAUUUUUGACUGCUUCUGAUGACCAAACAAUACGGGUCUGGGAGACCAAGAAGGUAUGCAAGAACUCUGCUGUAGUGUUAAAGCAGGAGAUAGAUGUUGUGUUUCAAGAAAAUGAAAUGAUGGUCCUUGCAGUUGACAACAUCAGAGGCCUACAACUCAUUGCCGGGAAAACAGGCCAGAUCGAUUACCUGCCUGAAACUCAAGUUAGUUGCUGUUGCCUAAGCCCACAUCUUGAGUAUGUUGCAUUUGGAGAUGAAGAUGGAGCCAUUAAGAUUAUAGAACUCCCAAACAACAGAGUUUUCAGUUCUAGGAUUGGACACAAGGCAGCUGUACGGCACAUGCAGUUCACAGCUGAUGGGAAGACACUUAUUUCCAGUUCUGAAGAUUCCGUAAUUCAGGUAUGGAAUUGGCAGUCAGAGGACUAUAUCUUUCUGCAAGCCCAUCAGGAAACAGUGAAGGACUUCAGGCUCCUAAAAAAUUCAAGAUUGCUUUCUUGGUCAUUUGAUGGAACAGUGAAGGUAUGGAAUAUCAUUACUGGAAGAAUAGAAAAAGACUUUACUUGCCAUCAGGGUGCAGUACUUUCUUGUGAUAUUUCUUCUGAUGCUACCAAGUUUUCAUCUACCUCUGCUGAUAAGACUGCAAAGAUCUGGAGUUUUGAACUGCUUUCCCCUCUUCAUGAGUUGAAGGGUCAUACUGGCUGUGUCCGCUGCUCUGCCUUCUCUCUGGAUGGCAUCCUGUUGGCAACUGGAGAUGACAACGGAGAAAUCAGGAUGUGGAAUGUCUCAAGUGGCCAGCUUCUUCAUUUGUGUGCUCCGAUUUCAGUAGAAGAAGGAACUGCUACCCAUGGAGGCUGGGUGACUGAUCUUUGCUUCUCUCCUGACAGCAAAAUGCUUGUCUCUGCUGGAGGGUAUCUGAAGUGGUGGAAUGUUGUCACUGGCGAACCCUCACAGACCUUCUACACAAAUGGAACAAACCUCAAGAAAAUACAUGUGUCCCCUGACUUCCGAACAUAUGUGACUGUUGAUAAUCUUGGUAUUUUAUACAUUUUACAGGUUUUAGAGUAAAAUAGCUAAGCAUAAAUGUAGUUCGACUCUUUAAUUUUAAAUUGGACAAAAAUGGAAAGUCUGUAUAUCAACAUUUUAUAAUACUGUGAAUUGUACUUUGGUAUUGCAUUCAUAACAAAAGUGUUUAUGGCUGGAUGAAUAAUGUUAGUAUAGCCAUUUCCACAAAUGAACAUACUUUUUCACUCCAGUUUUUUUUAUAAUCAUCACUGUUAUUAACAAUUUGUUCUUAACAUGCAAAUGAAAUGUAAAUAUGUACCUUGUUAUUGGUAAACUUCCUUGAUGCAUUCAAAUUGGUUGGCGUAAAUAAUGAGAACCAUUUGAAGGAAUUCUAUGUAUUGAUGCUGUCAUUCUUUAUGCAGGCUAUGCUGCAAGGUAAUGGUUUUCUGAGCCACACUUACCCCAGGGGGUAUGGUUUUCCAAAUAAAAUCAUGUUGCUUAUUUGCACUCUUUAAACUUGCUUUAAAGUAUAGUGUCUUUGUGCACAGUCUGCAACAUUUCUUUUGAUAACUCAGUGAGUGUUGUAUUUCAAGUUCUUUCUAUGAGCUAAAGUCUUACAUGAGAGAGAUUUGUCUCUAUAGCUGAUGACAACCCUGUGAGUAGCUUAACUCUGGGUGUCAGCGUCUUAAGUGAGCACCACUCUGCACUGUUUGUGUGUGUGUGUGUGUGUGUGUGUGUGUGUUUGUACAGACAGGGUUUCUCUGUGUAACAGUCCUACUGUUCUUGAACUCAGACCAGACUGGCCUCAACUCACAGAGAUCCUCCUGCCCUGCCUCUCAAGUGCUGGUACUAAAGGUGUGCACCACCACCACCCAGCCCUCUAUUUUUUACUUAUUACUUGACUAAACGUAACCCUCUGUUCCAUAGCUAGCUGUUAGUAAGUCAAUGAAAUGUGAACUAAUAGAACAUAACUUCUCCUUUAGUCUGUUUACUUUUAUCAGUGCUAUUCUCUUUACGACUUUGAAGAGAGUUGUUCAUGGUUUCUGUCUCACAGAAAUUUCUGAGGCCGGGAAGGUGAUGGCUUUCUCUUUGCCCUCACUUCCUGUUUACUGUGCCCCCUCCCCCACCCCCAAUUUUCCCUGGGAAAUGAGAACUCAUAUUGUGAAGUGAUUGCAUUACACAGACUCCUGUGGUCCUCCUGCAUCAGACUCCUAAGUAGCUGGGAGAGACUGCUUUUGAUGCAGAAAAAACUUUGCAACAUCAGUAACUAGUUUUGUUUUUAACCUCCUUUUAGAAUCUUUAGUUGAAGCUUACAUUUAAUUACUUUCUCCAGAAAUAUUAUUUAGGACAAUAGAGAUUAAUUAGUAAUAGAUGUAGUUUUGUUUGUUUGUUUGUUUUUGUUUUUGUGUGUCUUGAGACAGGAUUUCUCUGUAACAUCCUAGCUAUCCUGGAACUUGCUCUGUAGACAGGCUGGCCUUGAAUUUACAGAGAUUCACCUGUCUCUGCCUCCUGAGUGCUGGGAUUAAAGGUGUGUGCCAUCACUGCCCAACAAUAAUAGAUAGUUUUUAUAAAAUAAAAAAUCAAAUAUCUUCAUUUUGCAAUAGGAAUUAAUGAGUACUAACAUUAAUAGUAGACGGACCGUGAAGCUGUUUCUGCUGUCAGUGCAUAGUACUAGCUGUGGGGUGGGCAGAGGGAAUAAACCACUCAUGUGUUCUAGCUUUUAUUUCUUUGUGGUGCUAGAGAUUGAAACCAGGGCCUUGACCAUGUUAGACAAGCGGGCUGCUACUGGAUGCCCUCUGGCUGUAGAUGGAUUUUAGAUUAGAGACCCACAUGGCAUUUGCAGGAGCUGAUUAGAGUGAACAAGAACUUGGACAGAGUUAAGGUUGUUUCUUUUUUACCUUUUUUGGCUGGUAGGUUGAGGAAUUUACACCCUUGCUGUGAUUAAGCGGAUAUGAUAAGUGAAAAAAAUCUUAAUUUUUAUAAAAAUAAGUAUCUGAGUAGUAUGUGUUGCUUAGAAUUUGCUGAGAAUGACUCAAACUUUGCUUUUCAGAUAACGUUCGUGGCUUAUCUGUUCUGUAGCUGGGUUACUGAAGUGAAAUAGUAAGCACCAGCUUGUGAGAAGUCUUGGUCUUUGUCUUACACAUAAAAUGGAGAGGGAGACAGAGUAACACACGGAAGGAGACAGCUUAGCUUACAUUGCAGCUCUCAGGGCUGGCCCAGAGGAAGACAGAGUAAAGCUCUGAAGGAGACAGCUUAGCUUACAUUGCAGCUCUCAGGGCUGGCCCAGAGGGCUUGGCUUGUGGGCUGCAGAUGAGCGCUUUGAAUCCUUUCCUUGUUUCUAUGUGAGAAAUUCCAUUGGACUUUGUAUAUGUAAAGAUGGUUUGUAUCAUGGGUUUUAUGUACUUUGAAGACUUUUGUAUUUAUAAUUUACAUGUGUUAUUUUUUUUGCCUUGGAAUACUGUUUAAAAAUGAAUUUUAAAAACAAAUAAAAUUCCUGAAAUUUUUUGAGAA